AUGCCCGAGUCUCGCUCCAAGCACCCUCUCGUCUGGAUUGACUGCGAGAUGACCGGUCUCGACCUCUCCAAGGACACUGUCAUGUCUCUCUGCUGCUUCAUCACCGACGCCCAACUGAAUGUCCUUGACGAGAACGGCUACGAAGCCGUCAUUCAUCACUCGCAAUCCCAGCUCGACGCAAUGGGCGAAUGGUGCACACAACAGCAUGGAAAGACGGGCUUAACAGCUGCAUGCUUGGCCUCUGACAAGACUGCAGAACAAGUCGCUGAAGAAUUGCUGGCUUAUGUGCAGAAAUACUGUCCAGAGAGAAAGAAAGCAUUGCUUGCUGGAAAUACUGUGCAUGCGGACCGUGCCUUCUUGGUUCAGCAACCUUAUACGCCCGUAAUGAAGUGGUUGCACCAUCGCAUCCUAGACGUUUCUGCAAUCAAAGAAGCAGCAAAGAGAUGGGCGCCUAUAGAAGUUCUCAAGAAGAGCCCUCCAAAGGCUGGAAAGCAUGAAGCAAGAGCAGAUAUCCUCGAGAGUAUAGCCGAAGCGCGGUACUACCAGAGGGCUUUCUUCCAGAACGGUGUCAUCCCAAAGGAUGAGCUCGAAGAAGAGUCUGCUGAGCUUGAUGGCGACGCACAUGGUUCAAUCAUUGGCGACAAGGAAGUCAAGCCAAAAGAAAUAACCCAAGAAGUUGGUGCUGCAAAGGCCCAGACAACCGUUCAAAAUCUUGAAGCAGAAGGGUUUGGUGCUACCUCUGGUGAGCAGGAUCUUUCCAGGAACGGAGGCAAUCGUGAUUUGGCCUCGUAG